CGCAGCUCCACUCUCAGCUAAAACUGAUUUCUCUUGAUUAUUCCCUGCCAAACUUCGUGUUGUUUCUGCUCAUAUUUUCAGCCCACAGCUCCUCUGCGUAAAGGUGACCGCCGGGUGAAAUCAGCAGAGAGAGGCAAAGGGACGAGAGUCAUCCUCAUAUUGGAAUUACCUGCCGAGCUGAACACAUAGAAGUCGGAGUUCAUGCCGGAUUUCGAGCACUUCAGAUUUUCCUACUCGAGUAUGAAUCCGGUUCUGGGGGAGAACGGCUUCCUGGCCCCGCAGCAGCACCACCACCACAUGACGGGCCAGACCGACUCCGCCAUCCCAGAACCGGGCUACUUCUUAGGGGAUCAGGCUGGGUUUGGGCCCGAUGGGUUGUCCGGGCUGGACCUGGGCGCCCUGCCACCAUCGGGCCUCGCUUACUUGCACCUGAGCAGCCCGUUGCACCGGGUCCCUCCUGCGGCCACGGCGCUGCGCAACGACCUGGGCUCCAACAUCAGCGUGCUGAAGACCCUGAACCUGCGCUUCCGCUGCUUUCUGGCUAAAGUGCAUGAGCUGGAGCGCAGGAACAAGGUGUUGGAGAAGCAGCUGCAGCAGGCCCUGGAGGGGAACAGCGGAGGGGAGGGACACCAAAAGCCCCUGACUAAAGAGAUGGGGGUGCAGACUGGAUUUAUAGGGCCUAUCCCAUCUAGACCGGGCCUCAUCCCGCUCCAUAACGCCAAUAACUCGGCUUACCUCCCUGGUGGCCUCCUCUCCCCAACUCUAAACCCUCCUCCUUUCUAUGAUAACAAACACCUGCUGGGGAACAACCUGAACCCCUUCACGGAUUCAAACUCCAACCUCAGCUUCUCCAUCAGCCCCGCGCUGAGCCCUUCCGACCCCUGCAGACCCAUCAUCACCAAUAACAUCAACGAGAAAUACACAGAUCACACCACCGGGACUAACACCAACAACAGCCCUCUUCCCCCUCCUCCUCCUCCUCCUCCUCGCUUCCUGCCCGGGACUAUCUGGUCCUUCAACCACACCCGCAGGUUUGGCACCGGGAGGGAGUCUUGCGUCACGGGCCCCGGAGUGUCCUGGACUCACCCGGACGGUGUCGGGGUGCAGAUCGACACCAUCACACCCGAAAUCAGGGCUUUGUACAACGUGCUGGCCAAAGUGAAGAGAGAGAGAGACGAGUACAAGAGAAGGUAA